AUGGGGUCAUUUGCAGGUCACAUCGAUGAGGGCAUAUUCUUCAUCAUCAUCGCAGUUUGGUGGAUGAUGAACGCCUAUGUUCAUUAUAUGUUUCGACGAGACCGAGGAAAAGAAUUCAUUCCCAAAUUCAGUUUUCCGUUACCAGGGAAACGGCGAGUUCCGGUUGAAAUAUACUUCAAGCUAGCAUUUCCGGUUGUAGGAUUCCUGGCAGAGCUGAUUGACAGUGGGGCUAAGUUCCAAGACGAUGACGGCAACUUCAUCAACCUCGUCUACAUGCAGCACGUCACCAUCUACGGCUUGUUCAUCAUCCACGCAAUCACCGACCUCCUCAUGUAUUACGACUUCCCACUCCUCGCCGGCACGCACUACCUCACAGCUGCUGUCGCCUUCUUCUGGUAUGGCAUCGGCUUCUACUACCACGCCCACAUGCACGGCAAGGAGCCCCUGGAGGAGAUAGUUCACGUCCUGCCCGUUCCGGUGAUGCUGGCUACUGGGCUAGCCAUCCUGUGUGAGAUGUUGUGGAGGAAGGGCGUGGCCACUGUUCUUGUGAGGGCGUACUUUGUGUUGACGUUGGGAACGUGGUUCUCACACGUGGCCUUCAUCCUGUACGAUCACACGUCAUUCCCAGGCAGUCAUCCGUCUAACUAUAACCGUCAUGAUCACAGAAACGUUGCAUUUGCUGCUGCAGCCUUCGGCAUGCAUCUCUGUUUCAACCUCAUCUUCAUGGUCGUGAGCUACGUCAUCACCUACUACGUCGUGAGAUGGAUGUACGGUGUACGCAUCACCAACAGGUACUACCACGACGAGGACGACUUGUCGUACAAGAAAGUACCAGAUCACUCGGACGAGAGUGCAGAGUCUUGCCUUUUGAAGGACUGUGACUUUUAACGUAUUCUUAGGACAUGGGUGGCCCUUCAGAGUUACAGGAUCCGCUGAUCUAAGACUCGUCGUGAUUAUGAUCCGUGAUUUGCGAGCAUCUCAUCGUGUACAAUCUGCGUCACGUUUGGCUUCCCGGCUACAUCCAGAUGAUACGCCCUGCUAUAUCUAAAAUGCUGUUUAAAAGCAGCGUUUAACGUUAUUCACUUACUUCAAUACAUUCCAUGAAAGGAUUAGGAGUGAGUGAAUGAGUAUGGUUUUACGCCGCUUUUAGCAAUAUUCCAGCAAUACCACGGCGGGG